UGCUUUUGGCCCCCUGGCAAUCAAAAUAUUCAAAAGCUAAACAAUAAAAAAAAAAGGAGGUUUCUCCAUAGAUAUUCAUAAAAAAUGAAGUGUUCUGUUAUGUUCUCAUAUUAUAUACGUCUGCACUUGAUUCUGCGCAUGUACUAUUAGUGGGUGUUUGUUUUGAGCAGUACUAUUAGUGGGUGUUUGUUUUGAGUAGUUGAGUUGUCUUGGUUGGAAAGUGUAGAGGGGCUUAGGAUAGAGGUAAUAUUAAACUCUUGUGUACAAAAUAGUUCACUUUACCCUUAAAAUUUGAACCAAACAGAGAAAGAAAUUUAUAUUCUCAUUUCCACUGUUACUAGUAUGUUAUUCCCUAGAAAUUGCUUGUUAGUUUCUGAGUCAUUAAAAGAAUUGGUAAUUGAUAGUGUUCUUCAGGUAAUCGCAUGUGUAAUUGUCUCAAGACUUUUAACUACCUAAUACCUUGUCAAAGUGAGAAUCAAUGGUCAAGUAGUGAGGCAUUAUAUAUGGUUGUUGAAGGACCAACCAAUGGAAAAGCAAAUUCAGAAGAAACCGACCACCCAUAUCAUUGAACGUGUCAAUUAUAAUAAAAAAUACAAGAUUAAUCUUUUCACAAGUAUGCAUAAUUAUGUUUUGACAAUGUCAAUUGUAGUUAUUGUCAUGCUUAUAUAAUAGUUAAGGUGUCAAUUUAUUACAUGUUGUCAAUGGCCAAAUGAACCACAAUCAUUUUCCACUUGCGACUUUUGGUACCAUUCCAUAUAAUUUUAUUGCUUGUUAAGAAGCUCUCAAACCCCCAUAAUAGAAAAAUGAGGCAUUUAUAAUGGUGACAUUGUCAAGUUUAGUAUGCGAAGAUACAUAUAUAUACUAAGAUCUUCAAGCGGCUAAACUACCACAAUACAAUCUUUAAUCAGCCCUUUAGUUUACUAAAUUGAAAAUCUCAAAGCAACCAUGGUUAGCCUAUCAAGCUCAGGUUAUUACCUUGUAUUUUGCCUGCUAGGCUUACUGCUUACCCGUCUCCCAUCUCAUUCAGCCGACCCUGAUCCUUUACAGGACUUCUGUGUAGCAAAUCUUAAUGCCACUUUCUCUGUUAAUGGCUUUCCCUGCAAACCUGUCUCACAAACUACUUCAGAAGAUUUCUUCUUCAGUGGACUGAGCAAAGAAGGUGACACAAAUACCCCCUCUGGAGUCAGUGUGACUGCUGGGAAUGUCCAGUCGUUUCCAGGGCUAAACACUCUUGGGAUCUCCAUGAACCGAGUAGACUUUGCCCCGGGAGGUUUGAAUCCUCCCCACUCACAUCCUCGUGCUACUGAAUCUGGCAUAGUCAUCCAUGGGAAGCUCCUAGUUGGGUUUAUUACAACUGAUAAUGUUUUCCACUCCAAGGUUUUGACUGCUGGGCAGAUGUUUGUCAUUCCCAGGGGACUUGUUCACUUCCAACGAAAUGUUGGAGAAGAAAAGGCCUUGACCUUCACUGCCUUCAACAGUCACUUGCCUGGGGUUGUUCUCAUUGCCCCAAAUCUCUUUGCCACAACACCACCAAUUCCUAAUCAAGUUUUGACCAAGGCCUUCCAAGUAGAAGACGAGGUUGUCAACAGCAUAAGAUCCAAGUUCGGUGCUUGAUUUACUGUCUAAAGAUUUAUUUGUUCUGAUACAUGUUCUCUUGAUUUGUUUUUCUCCAAGUCUGUACCUUUGUUUUGUUAUUUUUUUUUAUGCAUUCAAUACUAUAGUGGAAAUAGUCAUUGUUUAAUAAUGUACUAGCUAAGUCACUUUUGACUUCAGUCUUGUGCUUUUGGAAUAAGUUGAAAUAAAACAUUGGCUAUAAUUAUGGAUA